UCUCAGGGAAAAGAAAAAAAAAAACGAAAGGGAUCGAUCUCUCUCUCUAUCUAUCUAAUUGGCGCCCCUUUACUAAUUACCCUUUUGUUCCAAUCUUCGGAUUAUUUUCAAAUCGAUUAAAAAGAAAGUAAGAAACUGAGAUCCCUACAAAACGAAUCCUCUCACACACACCACUGUUCACGAAUUCCUUUUCCUUCGCUCCGAGAUCCACAGAUUCGUUACCUCUGUUUCUUAAGAUUACAAUGGCGACGAGAAGACGUACUUUGCUUAAGGUCAUUGUCCUCGGAGACAGUGGGUACAUGUGUCUCCUUAAUUGGGUGAAUUUUUUUAGAUAUGUGCAUAAGAAGUUUAGUUUGCAGUAUAAAGCAACGAUUGGUGCUGAUUUUGUAACCAAGGAGCUUCAGAUUGGGGAAAAGCUUGUUACUUUACAGAUUUGGGAUACUGCUGGACAAGAAAGAUUCCAGAGUCUUGGUGCUGCUUUUUACAGAGGAGCAGAUUGUUGUGCUUUGGUUUAUGAUGUUAAUGUGUUGAAGUCUUUUGACAAUCUUGAAACUUGGCAUGAGGAGUUUCUUAAACAGGCAAGUCCGUCGGAUCCAAAGACAUUUCCGUUUAUAGUGCUUGGAAACAAGGUUGACGUUGAUGGAGGGAGCAGUAGAGUGGUCUCUGUGAAGAAAGCAGCUGACUGGUGUGCUUCAAAUGGUAACAUACCCUAUUUCGAGACAUCAGCAAAAGAGGACUUCAAUGUUGAUGAGGCAUUCUUAACCAUUGCCAAAACCGCCCUUGCGAACGAACAUGAACAAGAUAUAUACUUCCAAGGCAUACCAGAUACAGUGACUGAAAACGAGCCAAAAAGCGGUGGUUGUGCUUGCUGAACCGCAGAUCUGAGGAUUCAUUUACAUUCGUUUUUUUUUAUGCAUUCGUUGAAGGUUGGUGGACUCUUGAGUUGCAGAACGAUAGUAGCAAUUUUUUUUGCCAUUCCAUCAUAUAUUAAUUGAUUGGAGGAGUCUCUGUAUGAUCUAUCGAUUUUGCUGGAUAAAAAACUGUUAUCUUUGGAAGAAGAACCAUUAUUGCUCUUAUAUGCCACUCUAUUUAAGUUUGGUGUCACUCAUUUGUGGCUUACUGGCUUA